AUGUCUGCUUCGCUGAUAGAGAGCAACCAAAUCAUGGUCAAAGCGCGGGUGAACCCCGGAGGAGACAGUUUGAUAUGGUUGGUCCCAGUCAAGAGUCAUCUAAGAGAGGCAGUUACAGCUCUAGGUCAUCUAGUGGCCGCAGUUAUGGAGGUUUUCGACCCGGAGUCAGUUCUAGUGGAGGUUCCAACUAGAGUGGCAGUUCUAGGAACGGCUCCAGGAGUAGUACAACUAGAGGUUUUGGGAGACAGCUACAAUCAGCAUCUGACAUUUUCUGAGGGAGUGCCCGAUGUUGCUUCAGGGUGGAGAGGCUAUAGUUGCAUCGCCUCAGGGGAUAGGCACUCAGGGCAGAUCUCAGGGGACAUCACAAGGGGACGUGGUGGACGUUCUAGAGCCACAGGCAGGGUGUACAAUAUGUCCCAGCAGGAAGCACAGGCUUCACUUGACGUGAUCACAGGCAUGGAUUGGUUGGCCAAGCAUCAUGCCUUAGUGGAUUGUUUCAGGAAAGAGGUUAUAUUCCGUAGUCCCGGACGACCUGAAGUGACAUUUUGUGGCGAGUGCAGAGUGCUUCCAUCUUGCCUCAUUUCAGCUAUGACGGCAAAACGGUUGCUCAGAAAAGGGUGCUCAGGAUAUUUAGCACAUGUGAUUGAUACCAGAGAUCAUGGGCUAAGAUUGGAAGAUAUUCCGGUGGUACAGGAAUUUCCAGAUGUGUUCCUCGAGGAUCUUCCUGGGUUACCUCCUCACCGGGAGAUCGAGUUCACCAUUGAGCUCGUUCCAAGAACGAAUCCUAUUUCUCAGGCACCAUACAGAAUGGCACCAGCAGAGUUGAGGGAGUUAAAGACUCAGUUGCAGGAGCUGUUGAAGGGUGCCAAGGUAUUCUCUAAGAUCGAUUUGAGAUCUGGGUAUCAUCAAUUACGGAUUAGAGAAGAGGAUGUGCCUAAGAUAGCUUUCCGAACGAGAUAUGGGCACUAUGAGUUCCUGGUGAUGCCAUUUGGGUUGACCAAUGCCCCAACUGUGUUUAUGAAUCUCAUGAACAGGGUGUUCCGACGUUACUUGGAUCGCUUUGUGAUUGUAUUCAUAAACGACAUUCUGGUGUAUUCUAAGAGUCAGAAGGCACACAUGAAGCAUUUGGAAAUUGUGUUGAAUACUCUAAGGAGGAGGCAGUUGUACGCCAAAUUCAGCAAGUGUCAGUUCUGGUUGGACAGAGUUAGUUUCUUGGGGCAUGUGAUCUUUGCAGAGGAUGAGUGUGAGGAGAGCUUUAAUGAACUCAAGACCAAAUUGACCACCGCUCCGGUUUUGGCACUUUCGGAUCAUAGUGGGAAUUUCGUUAUCUACAGUGAUGCAUCCCAACAGGGACUUGGUUGUGUGCUAAUGCAGCAUGGUAGGGUGAUCGCUUAUGCUUUUAGACAACUAAAGAAGCAUGAGUUGAAUUAUCCUGUUCAUGAUUUGGAAUUAGCUGCAGUGGUUUUUUCCCUUGAAGAUUUGGCGACACUCUCUAUGGAGAAACAUGAACUAAAUUUGAGGCAAAGAAGAUGGCUAGAGUUGAUUAAAGAUUAUGAUUGUACCAUCGAGCAUCACGCGGGAAGAGCUAAUGUUGUGGCUGAUGCACUCAGCAGGAAAUCCUUGGGAUCUGUAGCUUAUCUCCGAGGGAGGUAUGUGCCAUUGAUGGUAGAAAUGAGGAAGCUCAGAGUUGAGCUAGGUGUGGAUAAUCAGGGAGCACUGUUAGCUACUCUCCAUGUGAGACCAAUGCUAGUGGAACGAAUACUCGCCGCUCAAUCACAGGAUCCUUUGAUUUGCACGCUACGAGCAGAGGUGGAGAAUGGUGACAGAACUGACUGUUCAUUAAGAAAUUAUGGAGCUUUAAUGGUGGGUACCAGGUUAUAUGUCCCUAAUGAUGAAGCUUUAAAGAGGGAAAUUCUUGAGGAGGCCCAUGGUUCAGCUUUUGCAAUGCACCUUGGAAUGAAAGCUGAACGGCAGAAACCAUCAGGGUUGUUACAACCACUUCCGAUUCCUAAAUGGAAGUGGGAACAUCUUACUAUGAAUUUCGUAUUCAAGCUUCCCCGAACACAAAAUAAGCAUGAUGGAGUUUGGGUAAUCGUGGAUCGACUCACCAAAUUUGCCCACUUCUUACCGGUGAAAGCAAACUACACGCUAAAUAAGUUGGCCAAGAUCUUCAUAAAUGAGAUAGUGAGACUUCAUGGGGUGCCAGUAUUUAUUAUUUCAAAUAGAGAUCCACGGUUUACCUCCCAUUUCUGGGUGAAGUUAAAUGAAGCUUUUGGAACCGAGUUGCGGUUUAGUACUGCAUUUCACCCCCAGAUAGAUGGUUAG